UUUGAGUUGAGAUCCACAGUCAGGCAGAACAGAGCCGGCAGCUGCUGCUGUGAAGCAGGAAACUGUGGGCAGGACAAAUGAAAAAGAAAAUGAAAGCAGCAGCCGCAGUGAUACAGCUGAAAUCCAGGAUGCAGUGAGUGCAGAUGUCCGACCAUUCCACUGUCAAAAUCAAACCCAACCCAAGUCACUUUCCAACAUGCAUCUUUUAGUUUUCAUCUCGUUCUUUCUAAAAUUGCAGUUUUGCGUCCCGUCUGAUAGCAGUAAUUCUGCCGGUGACAAUCUGGCAACAAACGGUCUACCUUUUCCAUGGAGUAAAGUCCGCCUGCCAAACUACAUAGUGCCAGUCCAUUACCAUUUACUAAUCCAUCCCAAUCUUACCACGUUGACGUUCAAUGGUUCUGUGAAGAUUGAAAUCGAUGUCAAGAACAACACAAAUUGGGUCGUGCUGCACAGCAAGAACCUUGAGAUCUUCACAGCCACGGUUUUGGAUGAAGGUGAAGAUCACUUGUCAGAUAAAGUGCUCCCUGUGUUGGAAUAUCCGCCGCAUGAACAGAUCGCCAUCUUCUCUCCGAAGAUCCUGAGCUCGGGUGAAAAAUACUUCCUUUAUUUGGAGUUUGGGGCACCAUUGAGUGAGGGCUUCUAUGGGUUUUAUAAAAGUACCUAUAGGACAAAAGGAGGAGAAACAAGGGUCCUGGCAUCCACUCACUUUGAGCCUACAUCUGCUCGAAUAGCAUUGCCAUGUUUUGAUGAGCCCAUUUUUAAAGCCAAUUACAGUGUCAGGAUAAGAAGAGGACCAUCGCACAUAUCUCUGUCCAACAUGCCAUUAGAAAAAACUGUUGAAAUUGAAAAUGGCUUGUUUGAGGAUCAUUUCGAAGCCAGUGUGAGGAUGAGUUCCUACCUGUUGGCCUUCGUUGUUUGUGACUUUAAAUCUGUUAGUGGAAUGACUGGAACCGGAAUAAAUGUUUCUAUUUACGCCGUUCCAGAGAAAUGGCAUCAGACGCACUAUGCUCUUGAGGCCGCCGUGAGACUUUUGGAGUUUUAUGAAAAAUAUUUCAACAUACUUUAUCCGCUGCCAAAACUGGAUCUGAUAGCCAUUCCAGAUUUCCAGUCAGGUGCUAUGGAGAACUGGGGUUUGACUACAUACAGGGAAACCUCACUCCUGUACAACCCUGACAUCUCAUCGGCUUCUGAUAAGCUCUGGGUUACCAUGGUGAUAGGACAUGAGCUGGCUCAUCAAUGGUUUGGAAACCUGGUCACCAUGGAGUGGUGGAAUGACAUUUGGCUAAAUGAAGGCUUUGCACGAUAUAUGGAAUUUGUCUCUGUUGAGGCUGUAUAUCCAGAGCUUAAAGUUGAGGACAAUUUCCUAGACACGUGUUUUGGAGCUAUCGGACGUGAUUCUCUAAAUUCUUCUAGGCCGAUUUCCAGUUUAGCCGAGAAUCCAACCCAGAUCAAAGAAAUGUUUGACACUGUGUCCUAUGACAAGGGAGCGUGUAUUCUACAUAUGCUGAGGAACUUUCUGACAGAUGAGGGCUUUCAGAGUGGCAUCAUACGGUACCUCAGGAGGUUCAGAUACAGCAAUGCCAGAAAUGAAGACCUGUGGGACAGUCUGAUUAAAACGUGUUCUGAGGAGGAUUUUACCUCAGGGAAAUACUGUUACAGCAGCGCACAAGCCACCAAAAAUGCGUAUUCAUUUACAGGGGAACACAUAGACCUGAAGCAAAUGAUGAACACGUGGACUCUACAGAAAGGCAUACCGCUGGUGACUGUUAAGCGUCAGGGAAGGAAACUUUAUAUCGGGCAAGAGCGCUUCUUAAAGAUAGUCCAGCCCGAUGACCCCUUGUGGGAUUCGCUGCAAAGCGGCUUUCUGUGGCACAUCCCUUUGACAUAUAAAACAAGCCACUCUAAUCGUGAGAUCAAACACAUCUUGGAUAAAAAAUCAGAUGUGUUGACAAUGGAUGAAGAUGUACAAUGGGUAAAACUCAACACUGAUAUGAAUGGAUACUACAUUGUCCAUUAUGAAGACAACGGCUGGAACGCCCUGACGGAGCUCCUGCGAGUAAACCACACUGCUUUGAGCUUCAAGGACAGAGCCAACCUCAUUCACAAUGCAUUUCAGAUAGUCACUGCAGGGCGUCUGUCACUUGACAAAGCAUUGGAUCUGAUCGGAUACCUCAAGUCCGAAACCCACAACCUGCCUCUCCUUCAAGGGAUCGGAUAUCUACAGUCAUUCUAUAAACUGAUUGAAAAGAGAAACAUAUUUGAUGUUACUCAAAAUCUCAAGACCUACAUCUUGCAGUACUUCAGAGAUGUGAUCGACAGGCAGUCAUGGAGCGAUGAUGGCAUGGUUUCAGACCGUAAACUGCGCGAAGAGGUUCUCUCGCUCGCAUGUGAUUUGGGAUAUCAGCCUUGCUUGGAAAAAGCUAAACAACUGUAUGAUGGCUGGGUGGAUUCUAACGCUACAAUCAGCUUGCCAACCGAUGUGUCAGAGACAGUCUACAUGAUUGGAGCUCAGGAUGACAGCGGCUGGGCUUACCUGCUGGAAAAGUACUUCACGUCCAUGUGUGAAACAGAGAAAAGAAAAUUUCUUUCCGCUUUAGCAAACAGCAGGGAUUCUGAAAAACUGUCAAGAUUAUUGGAGCUGGGAUUGAAUGGAACUGUAAUAAAAACACAAAAUUUACCCUCACUUAUAUACAUGGUCGCCAGAAAUCCAGUCGGUCAUUUUCUCGCAUGGGACUUUGUGAAGAAACACUGGAAUGAACUAGUAGAUAAGUUUCCGAUGGGAUCUUUCGGAAUCAGAAAUAUUAUUGCUGGCACUGUAACUCAGUUCUCUUCCACUGAGGAGAUGAACGAGGUCAAGGAUUUCUUCAGGUCUGUUGCAGAGGAGGUAUCGCAGCUGCGUAUCACUCAAGUGGCCCUGGAGAACGUGGAGAAGAAUAUUCUCUGGCUCACAAGAAACUUAGAGACCAUGAGAUCAUGGUUACAGAAAAGACUCAAGUAAAAACAGAAGUAUAGACCAAAAUCUCAGCUGAAUGCUAUAAUCAUGUGGAAAGCAUAGAAAUGAGGGAACAAUGUUUUGUUGUUCAUAAGCGAAUCAAACUCCAUGUGACUUCACAUAAGUUUUCUAUUUUGUUUGUGGUUUUUUAGUUAAGUUUGUUUUUGGCUAAUAGCUUUUAAAAUUUCAUUGCUUUUUAUUUUUUGUUAAGAGAAAGGAAUUGGUAGUCAUGUUAAUUUGUCACUGAUUGUUUUUCGACUGCUGUGCCAAAUGUUUUUAACAAAUGCUAAUACACAAUUGUCUAGCCUAUAAAUCUCUGGCACACAUGAAUACUUGAACAUGAAAAUGAGCUGUAAAUGUUAAUAAAAAAUGUCCUGGAGCACAAACAGAACACUUGAA